AUGAAUCCUGUCUCUCCAGAAAGAAGGAGGUUGUUACCCUCUUCUUCACUUGUUAACAAUGCAAGUAAAAGGAAGUACAAACCUUUCAACUGCUUUAGUAACUACUGUAAGGAAUUAAAGUCUCGUUCAUUGAAUUUACCAUCAAUCCUACUACUGGUUUAUACUCUGCCAAUAGCAGUGAGUUAUGCAUUUUCUGAAAUAAUUUUCAGAGAUUUAUCUCAUGACCAAUGUGGAUCUGGAUCUACUGGCUCUGCUAACAAUCCAGUAUUUCAUUAUGUUGGAAUUAUAGUGGGAAAUGCUCUUUUUCUUCUUGCCCCUUUUUGUGGUUGGUUAUCAGAUACUAAGAUUGGUAGAGGUAAUGCUAUUUAUCUUGGUCUAUGGCUUGGUUGGAUAGGCACUCUGUUGUUUGCCAUUGGAUGCUGUUUACAAUAUCAUUCAUGUGAUACUACUGCUCUGAUAGGAAGGUAUGCAUUUUUUGGUAUAGCCUUUAUUUUCAUCUUAGCCUCAUUAUCUCUCUUGUUCACUAAUAUAUUACCAUAUGGUAUAGAUCAGUUGAUGAAUGAAUCUAGUGUCAAGAUAAGAGCCUUCAUUCACUGGUACUGGCUGUGUCUUUGUAUUGGCUAUGCAUUUCUAGUUAUGUCAGAUGAGCUCAUUAUUUCAGUUUUAGCUUUUGCUCUUUUUUCUUUUUCUCUUUGUCUUCAUUUUUUCCUGAAGCAUCGUUUUGAGCACAUACCUAUUCCUAAUCCUUAUAAAAUUGUAUUUAAAGUAUUGAAGUUUUCUCUCAAAACUAGUCGCACUAGAAGACAGCAUCGUAGUGCAUUCACAUACUGGGGAGAGGAGCCCAGUAGAAUGGAUCUUGCUAAGGAGAGGUAUGGUGGUUGUUUCUCUCAUGAAGAAGUGGAAAAUGUAAAAACUUUUCUACGUAUUGCUGUUGUUUUGAUUACUGUCUUUCCCUUAUUUAUCCCCAUUAUUCCAAUGUUAAGUAGUUCCUCGAAUUUUGUUGUACAGUUUAAAGAUGGCUAUGAAAAAAAUGCUGAAUAUGUAAUUUGGCUUUUUGGCAACUUCACUUCAUUGCUUGUUGUUGUCCCUUUAUUUGAACUAGUUAUUCUGCCUCUCUUUCCUAAAUUAGAAUAUUUUAUAACUAAUCCAUUGAAAGGUCUUGGUUUAUCAAACAUUCUCAUCAUAUUAUCUAUUCUUAGUUUAUUUCUAAUUGACUUGAUUGGAAGGAUUGAUAGUAGUAACAUUUCUGAAAUGCCUUGCUUUUUCAUUUGGAGACCAAUCAAUCAAAAAAUUGAUAUUUCCUAUUGGAUACUACUCAUACCAUCAGUGUUAGCUGGUGCAUCAUAUUUUCUUAGUGGGAUAUAUUUAUUUGAGUUCCUGUGUAGUCAAUCUCCUUUUGGUAUGCAUGGAAUGAUCAUUGGACUGCAUUGGUUUUUGCAUGGUAUCUUCAUUGACAUUGGUUCAGGCAUCUUAUUAAUAGUCUAUUAUCACCCUAUACACUCAGUCUCAUUUAUGUCAUGUACCUCAUGGCUUUCUGUAAUAUUUGGUGUAAUUGCUGUCAUUGGAUUAGUGGUGUAUGUAUUAAUAGCUCGAUGGUAUGUCAAUAGGGUCAGGGAUACUGAUCUUGUUCUACAUGCAGCUGUAGAGGAACAUUGGGAGCAUAUGCUGACCAAAGAAAAUGACACCAUUAACGAUAUUUCAACAGAAAGUUUUGUUAUUUCUAGUUAUAAGUAA